UUUUCUUGUUACACUGCCCUUUGCAGCUAUGUUAACAAGCACAACAAAUUUAGGACCUUUUUGGCUUUGGGACUAUGAAGAUCAGUUCAGACAAUUGCAUGAUUAGUUGCAAGUAAUGCACAAAAAAUUGUAUUCUUAAUGCGUUCAUCAAAAUUUUGAACAGAAUUGACAUAAUUUAAAGAAACCACCUACUGUUUUUCGUAGUUAAAUACUAGAUACUUAUUGGUCCAUUACAACUUCAUAAAUUCUUGGCAUUUAUACAUAAAAGGAUCAUAGGAUCGAAAAAUUUAAAAUGAGGAGGAUAUAAAUUGAUGUAAUGCCUUUUCCUCCCAAUUUGGUGGCAAGUUAUUUUGAGAGCAAAAAGUGCAGUGACUGUCCCAUAGAUGAACCAACAAAGAUUGGUGGAGAGCCUCCAACAAUUCCGCCACAUUUUGAAAACAUGCAUAGCCCAGAGAGACCUCUUUACCGGCAAAUCUCUGCAUACGCUUUACAUCAAAGCACUCAUUCCACCGUCUACUUACUUCUCCAACCAUUUCAUCCUUCUCUAUUCUAAGUGUGGCCUUCUUACCGCUGCUCGCAGGGCUUUUGAAGCUACCCCUGAACCCAAUGUUUUUUCCUUCAAUGCUAUCCUCAAUGCAUAUGCUAAAGAAGCUCAGCCUCAUCUUGCCCACCAGCUGUUUGAUAAAAUUCCCCAACCGGAUAUUGUUUCUUACAACACCCUUAUAUCUGCUUAUGCUGAUCUUGGUUACACCCUGCCUGCUCUUCGGCUCUUUCUUGAUUUGAAGGACACGGGUCUUGUUAUGGAUGGAUUUACUCUUUCAGCUGCUAUCACGGCUGCUAAUGACAAUGUUGAUUUCAUUACUCAGCUUCACUCAUUGUCUAUAUCUGCUGGGCUUGACUCUUAUGCUUCUGUUAAUAAUACUCUCAUCACGUAUUAUGGCAAAAAUGGGCAUCUUGAUUAUGCACGAGAGGUUUUUGCGUCAAUGGGUGAGAUAAAAGAUGAGGUUUCUUGGAAUUCAAUGAUUGUUGCUUAUGGGCAGCAUAGGGAAGGGAUAAAGGCGUUGGCUUUGUAUAAAGAAAUGGAACUUAGGGACUUAUAUUUAGACAUGUUUACUUUGGCAAGUGUAUUGACAGCACUUACGUCCAUGGAAGACUUGCGUGGUGGGCUUCAAUUUCAUGGUCGGUUAAUCAGAAUGGGUUUUCAUGAAAAUCCACAUGUUGGCAGUGGGCUGAUUGAUUUGUACUCAAAAUGUAGUGCUAGUAUAUCAGAGUGCAAAAAAGUAUUUCAGGAAAUACCUUAUCCUGACUUGGUGCUUUGGAACACAAUGAUUUCUGGAUAUUCGCAGUCUGAAUUGUGUGAAGAAGCUGUUGCUUGUUUUAGACAAAUGCAGCUUGCUGGCCAUCAACCUGAUGAUUGCAGCUUUGUUUGUGUGAUUAGUGCAUCUUCUAACUUGUCAUCACCAUCGCAAGGGAAACAGAUUCACUCUUUGGCAAUCAAAUCCAGUAUUCCAUCCAAUCGUAUAUCAGUGAACAAUGCUCUCAUUGCAAUGUAUUCUAAAUGUGGAAGUGUGCAAGAUGCAAGAUUACUUUUUGAUAGAAUGCCUGAGCAUAAUGCUGUCACUUUAAAUUCUAUGAUAGCAGGCUAUGCUCAGCAUGGGCAUGGAACAGAGUCUCUGUUACUAUUUGCAUGGAUGCUUGAAAGCAAUAUUAAACCUACAAACAUAACAUUCAUCUCUGUUCUAUCGUCAUGUGCACACACUGGAAAAGUCGAGGAAGGGAAGAAAUAUUUUGGUUUAAUGACUGAUAAAUUUGGGAUAAACCCAGAGGCUGAGCACUAUUUAUGCAUGAUUGACCUUUUGGGUCGAGCAGGAAAGCUCGAGGAAGCAGAGACACUAAUCGAAACAAUGCCAUAUAAUCCUGGUACAAUUGGCUGGGGCUCAUUACUUAGAGCAUGUCGAACACAUGGUAAUAUAGAGCUAGCAACAAAGGCAGCUAACCACUGUGUUCAGCUGGAUCCAUCAAAUGCGGCACCAUAUGUCAUGCUUGCGCACAUGAAUGCUUGUCUUGGCAGAUGGGAAGAGGUAGCAUCGAUUAGAAAAGAAAUGCGAGACAAGGGAGUGAGAAAGCAAGUGGGUUGUAGUUGGAUUGAGGUGGCCAACAGGGUUCACGUCUUUGUGGCAGAAGAUAGUUCUCAUCCGAUGAUAAAGUUGGUGUAUAAAUUCUGGGAAGAGAUGUCAAAGAAGUUGAAGCAAGAAGGGUAUACUCCGGAUUUGAGGUGGGCUCUGAUGAGAGAUGAUGGAACAAGGCAGGAGGAGAAAGAGAGAAGCUUAUGGCAUCACAGCGAAAAGCUGGCAGUUGCUUUUGGGAUUUUAUCGACCAAAGAUGGUGAACCUAUUCUUAUCAUAAAGAAUUUGAGAAUAUGUGGCGACUGUCAUAAUGCAAUUAAGAUUCUAUCUGGUAUGACAGGAAGAGAGAUUACAGUAAGGGAUUGCCACAGGUUUCAUUGCUUCAAGGGUGGGGCAUGUUCUUGUGGGGAUUACUGGUGAUGGUGGAUAAGCUUAGCAAUCAGAUGCUAAUCUGAUUCCUGUAAAUUCAUGUGAUUGCCAUGGGCUGUGGAGAGUGAAGUUGUGAAUGUUAUACUGUGUGCUUUGAGUUAGUAAGAUGGACUAGAUUAUGUACUGAAGAGUUCACUGCAUGCAGCUUUCUGGUUUUUGGAUUGGAUUAUCGAGUCUUAAUCCAGUUUAAUCUUAUAUGCUUAAUGCUAUACAUGAUCUCAGACCCAACCAGAAGUGCUAAUCACUUGCAAUAUAUGUGCAUUUUUUGAGUAGGGGUUCACUGCAAGGUUAAUUACAAGGCAAAAUCUGAUGUUACAUCUUAAAGAGCUGAAAUGGUGCAUGCCUGAAACAACAAAAGAACCCUACAAAAUCCGGGAAACAAUGAAGCAGCAAGAAGUUUAGUGGGUGCAACACAUUCCCAGCUAGCAUAUGGUAGGUCAUAUGGAGAAAAGGAAAUCGUAAAAGAAAUCAUUAAGCUUGAAGCUGGUUGGAUAACAACAAGGGUGAUAUUUUUGACCAUGAAUGACUGAACAACAGGAAGGAAGAUCAUUUUGAUCCAAUUAAAUGUUUGUCUCUACAUGUUAUUUAUUUAUUAUGUGAUGAUAUAUGCAAAUUUUGAUAUUAUAAACAUUCGUAAUUCCACAGUGCAACACCAUACUGCUUCAAAAUACCAUUUCUAAGAAUCUUUCUACGUAUGGGUACUUGGAUCCUGAAUAUUACAUGAACCAACAGUUGACCGAGAAAAGUGAUGUAUAUAGUUAUGGAGUGGCAUUGCUAGAGCGGAAGUGAUGUAUAUAGUUAUGAAGUGGCAUUGGUAGAGCGGAUAACUGCAGGAUCUCCAACAGAGCGAGGAAAGUACAUCGUGAGACUGGUUGCAGAGACUAUACAUGAUUCAAAAGAUAGCACCGGACUGUACCAAUUAAUUGAUCCAAGAAUGCCCAGGUUCGAAAUUUAAAGGUGUUGAUUAACUAUUUACAUUUGCAAUGAGAUGUGUUAAUGAAUCCGGGACCGAGAGGCCUUCCAUGGGUGAGGCUGUGAAAGAAAUUGAGAGUAUCCUUGAACUGACCGGAAGCAUGAACAAGUAUACUGAAGAAGAGCUCACUUCAACUAGGUACAACUCAAGUCAGUCUUGACGAUUUUUAUGAUGACAAAGCUUUUGAUUAUAGUAGUAAAUUUCCUUCUUGUGGCAUGAAGACUACUUACUGAAGUUACUAAGGAGUAUAUCUGUCUGUGUGUGAUUCACAUUAGUUUGUUAUAUUGAGUACAAGUGAUCUUUGGUACUUGUGAUUCUUCUGUUGUAGUACUAGCUAUAUAUAAAGUCAGAAUUACAUAUGGCUUCUUAAGAUUGAGUGAUCUUUGUAUCAAUAUUUGAUGGAAAGGAAGUUUGAAAUUUUGUUCUGUUGGCUGUA